AGACAUAACGGAGGGGGCAACAUUGUCUGCCUUCGGCGAUAUAAGAAGCGAAAAAUCAGAGUUUAUAAGUACCGGUGAAUUUGGAACUUCUCUUUUGCGGUUUCGUGUUCUUCCCUUCUCUGCCUACGUGUAAACCUCAUCCGCAUGUCAUCGCCGUCAAUUUCAAUCCUCUCUCUCCUUCUCUCAAUCAUCCAACAGAUCUUUCCCUUGAAAUCUCUGAAACCCAGAUCAGAGACUCAAUGAUCUUUUGAAAUUUCUCGGAAAGUCGGGAACUUGCGGCGGAAAUUACCCGGAGGAAGGCUUCACCGGAAAGAUAUGGAUAUCGCGGCUGUUCCAGCGGCGGAGGCGGCGGCGAGGAAGAGGGAGAAGCCGUAUAAGGGGAUAAGGAUGAGGAAGUGGGGGAAGUGGGUUGCGGAGAUUAGGGAACCCAACAAGCGCUCGAGGAUCUGGCUCGGCUCCUACUCCACGCCGGAGGCGGCGGCGCGUGCCUACGACACGGCGGUUUUCUACCUCCGGGGCCCGCCGCCCCGCCUCAACUUCCCGGAGCUUCUCGCCGGAGAGACAGCGACGGUGGGAGGAUGCGGAGGGGACAUGUCGGCGGCGUACAUAAGGAGGAAGGCGGCGGAGGUGGGCGCGCAGGUUGACGCGCUUGGGACGGCGGUGCAAACCAAGCGCCGGCAUAACCACAGGGGUGAUUUGGGUAGUGGUAAUCAUGAUUACGGGGAUAAUAAUCGUGAUUAUGGGCAUAAUGAUGACAGAGUUAGUGAAGGAUUCAAGAGAUGUAACAAGGGGUUAUUGGAACGGGUCGACUUGAACAAGAUACCCGACCCGGAAACCUCGGAUGAUGAUGAAUGGGAGAUGAAAUAGUUUAUUGAUAAAUGUUGCGCCUCCUACCUGAGUGAUGUGAUUACUAGUUUAAUGAUAAUUUUUUUUUGGUAACUAGUGAAGUUGGAUUCGUAUGUUUAAUUUUGAAUGGACUCAAUUAUGUUAUAACAAAGGGAAUGGUGAAUUAGUAAGAAGUCACCAAAAGA